AUGGCUGCCCAGCCUGCCCAUGCCAUCAGACUGCGGUGCAACACUCCAGCUUCAGGAGCGUUUGCAAGCUGCAAUGCGUCCAGCGUGGCAGUGAAAAAGAAAAGCAAGCGCUCGGCAGCGCGACAGGCUGCGCUCCGAGAAGGCGUUGUGGCGAAAGCCGCCAGACCAUUUGGUUUCUUUGUCAAGCGCUUUUUUAGCGUCGGCAAAGGCCAGCCAGCGAAAGAUCAUCGGGAGGAGAUGCGCCGACUCGGCCGCUUGUGGCGCAGCUUAAGCGACAAGGAGAAGGAGCCGUUCAAGGUCAUGUGUAGCGAGGCUUUUGCCGCGCAGAGAGCCGCCUUGCUUAGCCGUGGCAUUGCAAAUGCGAGAAUCGUGAAGGAGGUGACAGUGCAGGAAGAAGCAAAUGGAGAAGAGCCAGGCCUGGCAACAGGGCAGUCUGCUGCACAGCACGUUGACAAGGUUGAAGCAUGGCAACACUUGUCCAACGCUUUGUCUGUGAGGGUGCAGGAUGGGGCUUUCUUCCCGACCAUUGUGGGUGUUGACAAAGCUGGCAAACCUUUUCCAUGGAUGGCUUUUGAAUACGCAGGGGAAACCUUGCUGAAAGUCUUGUCGGUGGAUGGGCCUUUCCAGCCCCAAAAGGCAAGGAACUUGGCGGCCCAGGUGCGCAGCGCCUUGAAGGUGUUGCACGACGUUGGCAUUUGCCAUUGUGAUUUGCACCCCCGCAAUGUGCUGUGGCAGCGUGGCAUUGAGCGGGCCAAGCUGGUUGACCUUGGCAUGUCCGAGUUUUGGAAGGGGCCUCUUUCCAACAAGGAGUUGGGGUACAGCGUCUAUACCUGUGCGCCAGUUCGUUGCCCAGAGCUUUGGGCGCACGCCGGGAAGGCUAGCCUGAAAUCAGUAAUUUCCCCGAAGGUUGACUACUGGGCAUUUGGCUGCCUUGUGUACCACGCCUGCGCUGCCCGGACGCUUUUCAAGCCUUUGGGCAACAGCAGUGAAGAAAAGCCUGCUGCAAUUCACAAGGCGAUUGCGUCAUGGUGCGAGGUGCACGCUAGCCUUCCUCAGGCAGCGCGGACAAGCCUUGGUCGACCGCUUGGUGGUCAGAGAUCGUCGCCAUUGCAGUUGGCAGGGAAGAACAUGGAGCACACAUGGCGUGCUAGGCUGAGCCUUGCAGGGGGCUUGACCGAAACGAUCGUGUCUGCUUGUCAUCCAGUACCCAGUGAGAGGACCAUGGUCAACACUUUGAGGUAG